AUGGCGUUUAGUCAUCGGAUAGCGGCAUCCUCCACAAUGAUCGUCGUUAGCACGCCGAACCAGGAUCUCGCUCUCACGAACUUCGCUUUCUGCUCCCCCAGUGAUUACCGGACGCUCUCCACCCGUGGAUCGGGUCUCGUUUUUGCACUUGUGGGGGAUUCCGUGGUGCUUUCGCUUAGAUAUCCUUUUUCCUACUAUUGCUUUUCUUGGCUCGUUUAAUACCAGUCAGAAGCACUUUUAAAUUGCUGCCGUUAUUCGAGUGAUGCUGGAUCUGUCUUGAUCGCACGAUCCAAUGACGGUUCUUCAUGCCUUUCUUAGAUAAAAUCUUGAGUUUCUUCUCGGUGUCUUCUGUGACAAUGGUAACCUAAAAGGAACAAUUGCGUCUUCUAAUUUAGAUAUAGCCGGUACGUCAUGCCAUAGUUCAUCCGGCAUCAUUUCACGGUAAAUGAAUUAACUUCGUAUCUACUAAGAAAUGGAAGCUGUGUCUAAUGAAGUUGUCAAGUGUUGAUACUUUUUGAAACCCUUGUAGAUCUCAGUAUAAAAAUCACACCAGGAUCAAAAAAUUCUUCCGAUGACCAAGGUAAUUGGAUGUCUUUAGACUUAUAAUUCAAAAAGGCAUGGUUACCUGGCCUGAAAGUCGAUCUUGUAUUUUGAUAAUCACCCUAGCAUUUAGGAGCUGUUCUCUGGACGUUCUAGAGAGCACUCAUUUGUAUUCAAUGAUUUUAUUUCCCUAUUUGUGUUAAUCAUAAUUUGUUCUGAAAAAUACACAAUUGUGAAGAUGAAGCUGUUCCAUGAGUAUAAUGUGCAAUUGGAGGUAAUGAAAAAUCAUAAAACUGGCCGUUAAUUAUUUCUUUACAUGAUGUCCGCCCUCAGUUUAUUUGCAAAUAAAGUAGGAUUGUGGUUGCAAGUUCAAAAGAAAGAUCUUUAGUCUAAAUGGCCAACUUUCAGAGUGUUGCUUAAGACCCUAAUUUCUAGUCGUUAGAUGUUCAUACUUCCUUUUACUGGACAUUAUGUUACCCUUUACAAAAUCAUACAGCCCAUGAUGGCAUUCAGGAGGGUCAUAUUGCCUUAAAUGCUCUUCAACGUAGGCAUACAAAGGUUUCAACUGGUGAUCCGAUAUCAGUUAGCAGGUAUGGCCGAUUAACUCUCAUAGAUUUCGUUGAUGUAUUCCUACAGGCAUUUCUCUAUUUUCCCAGAUGAAUUUAUUUUUCUUUUUGGAUGCGCAUCAGAUUCGUUUUGCCUGAGAAUUUCAAGCUUGCAUUACUUACUUUGGAGUUGGAUUUCGCCAAGGCCAAGGGUAACCGAGCUGAGCAGGUCUACUUUUCUCAAUAUUUAUCUUUGAUGGAUUUCAUUUCACUUUAUCUGGUUCAUGAAUUUCUGCAUAUCAGCUUGGUUCAACGUUCUUCAGAUAUAUUUUUCCCCCUCUCGAUCAGUAGGUUUUAUCCAGCUAUUUUAGAAACUUUUAAUCAUGGAUUUUUACUGACAUCAUGAAAUCUUUCAAAUUCUUGUAGCUUGAUGCAGUUGUUCUUGCCCAGCAGCUUCGGAGAAGAUUCAUUGAUCAGGUACGUUUAUUACUAAUGGUGACAUCUAUCAUCCUACAUCUCUCCCUUCGACAAAGUAACAUAUUAAUGUUGUUUUGGUAAAAAAAGUGUCAUGUAUAAGACAUAGCCAUAUUGAUCAGCCAUAUGUUGUUUUGGAGAUAUGUUCUUUGAGUUAUUUUACCUAAAUUUAACCUAAGCUUUGAACCAUUGGAUGCACUUCCCACCACAUAGCCAUCCCCACUGAGUUGGAAAGUGCCUACUGUUAACCCCCUUAAGCCAAGGAAUGACAUGUAAAGUAUAUCCUUACCAUUGUGGAAUGCCAUUUAUUUACCUCGCGAAUAAGUUUCUUUUUUGUCUCUCUCCGGUUAAUCCUGUAUAAGACGGAUUCUUCCAUUCACCUUUUCCUUUCUUGCUGUAUGGCCCUCUUCUAACUUGCCUUUAUACAUUGCUCGUGCUGAAUCACACAUUUGAUCCUCUGCCUAUGAAGAACCUUUCAGUUGUAACUGAUGGAGUGUUGCAUAUGCAUACUCAUGAAAUUAUUGAAUAGUCCAUUUUUUAAGCCAUUAUCUUGAAAUAUUAGAUCAAUGUAAACAUAUAUAUCUGAUAACCUAGAUAGGUGUAAUUCUAAGUAGGUUUCCGUUUAAAGCCGACUAGCUCAGAGUAAAUCAGUCUAAUCGGUAUUUUCUGGUUAGUUCAUUUCUGAAAUGAGAAAUAAUUUGGUCACGCACUUGAUCCUGUGGUAACUCAUCCAUCAGUGGCGAAUACAUUAUCAUUGAGUUUCCCGUUUCUUUCCUUUCGAUUUCUCCUUUUUACUUAUUUUAAAUAUCAGCGUUUAUCAUUAUCUGAUUCAACCCUUAUAGUAGUUCUGGAAGUGAUUGUUAGUAGCUGAUACAUUACCACAAAUUUAAAAAUUCUGUUACCGAUACAUAUUCUUUCAUUUUUCUGGUAAUGUGGGAAACAUAAUCAUGACUAUGAAAUUAUUUAAAAACCAUGUGAUUCACUUGUUGCACCGGUCAAGUGGCAGUCUAGAUAAAAAUAUGUUUUAUUUAUGUAUUUCUUGAGUAUUAUAUUGAAGCUCGUUUUCAUGUCUAUUAGCUGAUAUACUUUCUAAGAUCGUUUCUUCCUCUUGCAGGUUAUGACAAUUGGACAGAGGGUUACUUUUGAGUAUUGUGGAGUGAUCUAUAUUUUCACAGUAAAUCAGGCUUUAGUGGAGGGAGAGGGAGACAAAAAGUCUGGAGCAUUAGAAAGAGGAAUGAUUUCUGAAGAAACUUAUAUCAUUUUUGAAGCUGCUCCAAACUCAGGGAUCAAGGUCUGCACUUCUUUUGCUGUUUUCUUUGAAGUGGGGUAUUUUGGAUGGACUAAUUAUGUUUAAUAUAGCACUAUAUGGUAUUUAAAAAAGUCACAACAAGCCCUUCUUCUGUCAUUUGUCAUUUUCUGAUAAGUUGACUUUGCUCGUUGAAGAGCAAUCCAAAACCUUUUAAUAACUAGUUUCAACGGUUUAUAGGCUUUACACAGAUUCGCCCAAUUUCGCACCAACAAAAGGUGUUGAAACUCAGCUGGGGCAUGUGAAAGGCCUCUAACUUUUCUGGAAUUGUUUGAACCAUUUUUUUGUCUAUCAUUGUUGUACCUGCUGGAGAUUUUAGCAUAUUUUAUGAUGUUAAAAUUUUCAAACAAGUAAAUGGGUAUCUGUGCUUGUGAUGUUCCAUGUAGGUAGUUAAUCAACGUGAAGCUGCAAGCAACAAUAUCUUCAGACAAAAAGAAUUCAACCUUCAGAAGUUGGGGAUUGGAGGACUUAGUGAUGAAUUUACAGACAUAUUUCGAAGAGCAUUUGCCUCACGCGUUUUCCCUCCUCAUGUCACUAACAAGUAAUUUAUUUUUGCUGUUUUUCACCAUUGCCUUAUGUUUUUGUUUCGAAACCAAUUCAUUAUUGUGAUAUUUUUCUGCCUCUUGUAUCCUGCAGGUUGGGUAUCAAGCACGUCAAAGGUAUGCUACUUUUUGGGCCUCCUGGUACUGGCAAGACUCUUAUGGCACGUCAGAUUGGGAAACUACUAAAUGGAAAAGAGCCAAAGGUAGAUGCCAUAUUUAUUGUUUUUUCAUGCCUAACUAAUCAUGUUUGAUAGCAUUAUGUUGCGACUAGAAAGUUUGAUUUGUGCUAUUAGGUGUUACAUGUUCGUUAUUUAUUUAAUGUAUCUGCUAAUUUUGAUUGUGUUAUAGUAAAAAAUGGACAUAAUGUAACUCACUGCAGUUCUAGUUUUUGAUUACCAGAAUUAGUAGAAUGCCACUUCUGUUAUUUCCAUUCUGAUUUUUAAAGUUGUCUGCUAUUAUAUGCUACAAUCAAUUUAUACUUGGAGAAAGGUUUAAUAUUUCGUUGAAUCAGGAAAUUGGAUUGACAGUUAUUAGUAGGAUGUCACAUGUUCUAGGGUUGAUUUUCUUUAAUUGGUUCUUUUAAUCACUCGAUAUUUGUUCUAACAUGAUGUCUAACACGUGAACUUGUUUUAUUAUGUACUGAAUCUUAAUUUAAUUAUAAUUUCCUGUUGAAACUUUAGUUUAUGCGUUGAUAACCAUGUACGAGUUUCAUACAUUUUUUUUUUAUAUUCUAUGUUUCUGAAUCUAUUUAUAUCUGUUCUUUUGCACAAUUUGAUUUUGUCUUUGUGAAAUUAGAAUUUUCUUUGUUAAAAUGUUGGAGGUCUAGAUGUUGGUUCUGACUUGAUCUUUUGUUGAUAUAGAUUGUAAAUGGCCCAGAAGUCUUGAGCAAGUUUGUUGGAGAAACAGAGAAAAACGUGCGAGAUUUAUUUGCUGAUGCUGAAAAUGACCAAAGGACGAAAGGCAUGUAACUUUUCUGUUAUAAAAUAUUUCAGCUGUUUUUGGUUUCUAUAAAUUCAUCAGUCUUACCUUUUUCUGUAGGUGAUCAAAGUGAAUUGCAUGUCAUAAUUUUUGAUGAAAUUGAUGCCAUUUGCAAGGUAAGAAACGUACAUUAUUUCAUUUUUAUAUGUUUUACCACACUGCUGUCAUUAUUUAGAAUAACGUAAUAUGUGACAUAACGAAUCAUUUUUUCUUACUAUUCCUAUUAUGCUGAUUAUCUUUUGCCCAUUUCAAUUCGUUCAUUAUUAUCUGCUAUUUUCUAUAGAUGUAGCGUAUAAUUUCUUUGCACAUUCAAUCCAUUCGUGAUCCAUUUUGGUUUGUGUGAUGGCUUUUAGCCUUUGCACUUUCGGCUUAACCUUUACAAUCAAGUUUUGUGUCCGAACUGAUUAUUCAGAUUAGUCAUUUUAUUAUUGUCUACCAUGAGUACUAUCCAUUUGUAUCUGAUUCAUCAAUGAGUAGUUAUGGUGCAUCAUAAUUGGAUAUAUCAGAUAUUGAGUAUUGAGGUGGUGGUUCAAUUAUUUUUGGAAAAAAGAUGAAAGUUCCAGUGUAAAAUGUGACUAUAAUUAUGAUAUGCAAUUAUAAUAAUAAUACAACUACAUAAUAUAAUUAUACUAUUAUUUUAAUAUAUAUGAUAUAUUACAUAUAAAUAUAACUAGCAGACCACUUCUUUUAUUUUUAUUCCAAAGUUUGAAAAAUGUUAGUUAUGAAUUUGUAAUAUUAACUCAUCAGAAAAUGAAAAGUGUAAGGAUUUCAGAGGGAGAAUUUGAGGGUAACACCUUUUUCAAGAACACCUGUGAUGGAGCACAAUCUUUCUCCAGGAGAAAAUAAGCCCUCCACCUCUUCCACCAGGAUCCUUCAUUACUAUAGCUAUACUGGGAUCUUCCAAUAUUUUUCGGAAUAUGUGCUGAAAAAAUAUUUCAUUAAAGUUUCAGUGUUUUCUCCUGACAGAGCUCAGAAAGAUGAAUAAUGCAGUUUCGUUGUACUGACUUGAUUGUUACUUGAUCGCAACUUGGUCAACUCCUAGUCUUUAUCUCAAACCUCCGUUAUUUUAUUUUUUUAAGGGGGUUGGCCAAUACAUUCGUUUUCAUAGGGAGUGCUAAAACUGCUGAAAAGCCUUCUUAAGCUUUGUGAGUUAGCAUGAGUCAGACUAACAUGGCAGACCAUUAUGUCCAUCUGCUACACGUAUGUUUUGAUGUAAUGAAAUGAUUUCUUGGCAUAAUUUGUAAGUGAAUACUUAAAAUCAUUGGAUGCUAAUUCUAGACAUUUAUUGGGUGAUACAGUGGGAAUGUACAUAUAUGACUAAAUACAUAGGCACGCAUGCAUUUGUAAAACACAUCAGUAUGAUCAUAAUGCUGGAGACGUUAUAUCUUGUGUUUUGUGUCCAUCUCUUUCUGAUACAUGAGUCUUCGUUUGCUAUUUCUUGUGUGAUCGAUUUGUUUUAUGCUUGUUUGGCCCCUUCACCUGUGUAUUUUUACUAUGACUUUGGUGUUAUUUUAUUUGGUUUCAAUGCCUACAAGUGCUAACAAAUUCAUACUCUGAAAUUUUUGAACAGUCAAGAGGAUCAACGAGAGAUGGUACAGGAGUCCAUGAUAGCAUUGUGAAUCAGUUGCUUACAAAGGUGACAUUAUUGCCUCUAGAUUUUUUUCGAGACACUUGAUUCAUUUUCUGUCAUGAUUUCCUUUGUUAAUUACCAAACCAUUGUUCUCUAGAUAGAUGGUGUUGAAUCUUUGAAUAAUGUGCUGCUUAUUGGAAUGACCAACCGGAAAGAUUUGUUAGAUGAAGCGCUAUUAAGGUGAUUCCUCACUCUGCUGAUAUUUUUGUCGGUUUCUUGAUUAAUGGUGCUCUGUAUCUGAAGAUGACAUCAUGCUGACUAAAUGCUUGUGCAUUUAAUAGAUAAUGACACAGUAAAGGGCAGUGUUAUGGCCGCCUAUUGCUUAUUUUGCUGAGAGUUCUAAAUGCUCUUUGGUUUUUGGUCAAAACUAAAGUAAUAACAAUCAAGAUGCAAACAUAUGUAGAGAUGUCUUUUGGCUCUUUUUCUUAGUAUUUGAAGAACUGAGGAUUGCUUAGUUUCUGGAGGUGAGUUAGACAAAGGGAUUUAAGGAGUGUGACGCUACAGAAAGACAGUACUGUGGAGGAAGGCUAAAUCGUGGGUGCACAUAUUUGCAUUCUUUUUAAAUGGCCACUUUACAUCCGUUUGCACGUAAUUAAUGGUCAUUCGAGUUUUAUGGAGUCACACAGGCACUAGCCAUGCAAUUUUGGUUAUUUUUGUGUCCCAAGGGAAGCUAUGAAGGGGAAGGAAAUCCCUGUGUUAAUAUUGUUGUGUAGUUUACCUUGUAACUUAGUUCAAGGUCUGUCCCUCGAUAGACCAUGUAUAGACUUGAUUUAUAUGAUCAAUAUUUGAUUUUUAGGUUUUUAACGCAUUUCCUUUAUUUUCUCUCUGAAGGAGAUGCCACUCUUUAUUCCAUAUAGUGGUGUCUAAAGAUUUUCCUUUUUUGUCGAAAGUAGAGUGAUAUCGUAUGAAUUGAAAUUCUAUUUUAUACGUUUUGUAGGCCUGGACGUUUGGAGGUUCAUGUUGAGAUCAAUCUUCCAGAUGAAAAUGGUCGUCUUCAAAUUCUUCAGAUACACACAAAUAAAAUGAAGGAAAAUUCUUUUCUUGCCGCAGAUGUGAACCUUCAAGAACUCGGUAUGCGUGCAUUUCUGAAUUCAUUAUGGGCAUUGGCAAGGUUCCAACUGAAAUGGGGCCUUUUGCCUAUUCCAACUGAAAGGCCGUGUGUACAGCAUGAAUGUGAUGCGUGUUGCCUAAGAGUAACCAUCUUGUUUGAUAUCAUGUUGAAGUUGUUGGGCCAUCCAACGUAAACUACUUUGUGAUGAAUGGAUUGUAGAUUCGUCUACCAUAGGAACUCGUUUGUAUACAUCAUGCUCAUUAUGUAAAAAAAAUUGUUAACUUGAUAGGACUUCUGAGAAGUGUUAAUAUACAUCAUGCUCAUUAUGUAGGCUGAAUGCGUAUUUUUAGUCGUAUGAAUUUGCUGCUUGUUAUACUCUAUAGGAUAAUGUUUGUCACCAGUUGUAACACUGAAAUUGGGGCUAAACAAGAAUGAAUGAUUCAGGCUUUGUAGCUUAUUUUCAUUAUCAAGGCAUAAAAAUCAUUUAUCAUUGCAUUGGGCUCCAAGUCUGCGGUUAAUGUGACUCAUCUGAAGAGUUCUUGGAUAAUAUUUGAUAUCAAUGUUCUUCCUUUCAUUAUACUUGAUCUGUAGCUUGUGACAAAAUCUUUUAUUCUUGUUAGCGGGUGAUUAUCCACAUGUUGUAAGAUUCAUGCCUGUGUUUUACUGCUUUCUCAAUGCUUGAUUCUUGACUACAGCUGCUCGGACGAAGAACUAUAGUGGAGCUGAAUUAGAAGGCGUUGUAAAGAGUGCAGUCUCAUUUGCCUUGAACCGGCAGAUAAGUAUGGAUGAUCUCACAAAAACAUUAGAUGAAGAGAGUAUCAAAGUCACCAUGGAUGACUUUCUGCAUGCUCUCCAAGAGAUUACGCCUGCAUUUGGAGCAUCUACUGAUGACCUUGAGAGAUGCAGGUAUCUUCAUCUCCUUUUCUCCCUCCCCCAAAUCAAGCAUCUUUUUUCUUUCUAGAAGAUGGAAAAACAUUGCGGUUUAAGCUACUAGUGAUGAGUGCGACCCUGGUCUCCAUACAAAGCUGCUGGCAUCUUCCCCUUAUACUUUUCUCAGUGGCAGGAACCGGAAAAAACAUUGGAUUCUGAUGUUAGAACGGAAUUAAUUAGUAAUCAUUUCAAACUCUUGUGAUGAUAGCUUAAUCAAUGUUGAAAUUGUUAACCGCGUUGCUUAGUUUAGCGAGAGAGCUAUGUUCAGCACCAAAACGUUCAUUUUGGCUUGCCCCUUGAUGCCGGACCUGUUGGUAAUAGUAGAAAGCAAGUCGCUCACGACCCCAUCUUUCUAUUUCGUUCCAAACCCCUUGUUGGCUCUUCAAUGUGAAAAUAAACCUUCUCUUUGAAAGAGAAACUUCAGUCAGCAUGAUCAUGGGACUGAAGGCAACGCUUUGCAUAUUUUGUGCCCUUGGGACCAAACAUGGCAAUAGACAGUAGUCUAGUGUCGUCAGAUGGGUCCCUGCCACUGUCAGUAAACAUCAAGGCCCUGCAGUCUAUAUCUCUCUGUGUCCAUCUUUUCUCUUUUUGCUGUUAUCUUUUUACCCAAUUAUGAACGAAUUACCAUGAUUUCUCAAUCCAGUGAGAAUCUACAGCCAUGCAAGCUAGCUCACAAGCAUUCCCAAGGAUUAAUGGUGCUGAAGUGUUUUCCUAAGUGCACUUCAGUGAUUAGUGGUAUCCAAUGGGCAAAAUUUAGAUGCUCAUUGUUAAACGCAUCCUUGAAAUUUCGUUUUAUUUUUCUGUCUGCUGAUAUUCUUGUAGACAUUAAAACUGCAAUGUCAACCCUGGAUCUGUUUACAGGCUGAACGGCAUUGUGGAGUGUGGCAAGAGGCACAGACAUAUUUAUGAAAGAGCCAUGCUAUUGGUGGAACAAGUCAGAGGGAGCAAAGGUAGCCCGCUUCUCACUUGUCUUCUGGAAGGCCCUGCUGGCAGGUAGGCUUCUUGCUUCCUCUUUUAUCUCUUAUACCUCAGUUAAGAAAAAAUCCCCUAAAUAUCUGUUUUCAACAGUGGUAAGUCUGCUAUGGCUGCUACAGUUGGUAUUCAGAGUGACUUCCCCUAUGUGAAAAUUGUAAGCCUCCUUCUGUGUCUAUCUAUUUUUUUUCUUAAAUUAGUUAUUAUUUCUAACGCUCUCUUACGUGUCAAUCUGAACAGAUUUCAGCGGAAUCCAUGAUUGGUCUCAGCGAGAGUAGCAAAGCUGCUAGAAUAGUCAAGGUUCGUCAAAUUUAAGCUGAAAUUGGGCAUUUAUAAUUUUUUGUUAAAUAUUAAAACAUUUGGACACACGAAAUUGAAAACCUCUCUUUUCUCUUGGGUUUCAUUUUCUUCAUACCAUGGUAUCGAUCUUCUUCUAUUUCUGGUUUCUUUGUUCUUGUGUGCCAGAGUUGGAUUAUCAAACCUUCUUUGAAACUUUAUCUCUAUUACGCUCGCAGGUGUUCGAGGAUGCUUACAAGUCUCAGUUAAGCAUAAUCAUUCUCGAUGACAUUGAAAGGUACUCCGCAAUAACUGCUUGAUCGGUCUGCUGAACUCCUUUUGUCAUGAUAAUCAAGGAGCCAUUUAAUAGUAAAGGAGUGGGAGAAGCUCAUCUAAUAUUAUAAUCACUCACGUAAGAAAUGGUAGCAUGGCACCUACCUAAGGCCUUGGCCAGAUGGAAUUAAACAUCCCUUCUGUUGGAAACAGAACUAGUGCACUCAAAAUGGAUAUUUAUUGAAACCACCCGCGGUGAGAUUCUUGCUUUCUAGAGGAAACAUGGAAAGUUAUAGGCUCAUAUGUGCUAUACGAUAACACUAUAUCGACAAAAAUCGCUUGGAGUGAUCUUGCUCAUAUUUGCCUUGGGAGAGAGUUAGAUGAUGCUUUAUGACGAGAAUUUCCUAUGCUUGCAUUCCUUUUUAUUGUUCGUCCCUUUAUCUUUAUUCUUGCUUGGAAGUAAUGGCGGUUCAUGUAUCGGUUCAGGUUAUUGGAAUAUGUACCCAUUGGUCCUCGGUUUUCAAAUAUUAUUUCCCAAACUCUGAUGGUUCUUCUCAAACGAAUUCCCCCAAAGGUCUGCAUAUAAUUGGCAUUUAUGUUCUAAAGCUUUAUCAAUCCAAUCCCGUACGAUAUGACAAUACCUUUGUUUUUUUCAGGGAAAAAACCUCCUUGUAAUCGGUACAACGAGUGAGUUGGCAUUUUUGGAGUCCCUUGGCGUCUGUGAUGCUUUCUCUGUCGUAUAUAACGUUCCUGUGUUGAAAGGAGAAGAUGCCAAAAAGGUAGAACCGGUUGAACCGAGCAUUCUUUGUUCUGUACUUGUUACUAUGAGGCCCCAUCUCUCCGUAGGGUUUGCAUUACUACAUAAUUACCAUCUUAAUAUUACAUAAUGGCGGAAUAUCAAUAUUUCUAUAAAUAACUAGAUAGUUUAGUGAGGAAAGUUUGGGAUUUGAGGGACCCUUUUGACAAGCAUAAAGAAAAUACAUGAGUUCGGAACUCUUCCCCCAUUCACAAACAAGAUUACUAUUCGCUUUCGAUCAUUCUGCUCCCAAAGACACGCCCUCGAAGGGAUGGGCAUACAGGACUUGAUGUUUCCAAGUUUUCUACUCAGAUCUGUUUAGUGGUUAUUAAUCAUCUUUCUUUUUUCGGCUGAAUAUAAGUCUUUGAUCGUCGAGCCCUACAGUUUACUGAAUCAAGUAGUCAUUAUGUGUCUACAUUUCGACAUUAAUUGUCCUAAAAUGGAAUCCAUGCCUUCAACUUAGUUUAUUUUUGGUUGGCGAGGUGCUUCCCCUAUCAUAAUGCUACUGUCUUGAAACUUUUUCGCCGAUUAAUCUCCAUUAUUUUUAUUUUCUCGUCAGGUUUUGCAAGGGCUCAACGUGUUUCAUGAAGAUGAUAUUGAUGCGGCAGCUGAAGCACUAAAUGAUGUAAGUUUUGUCCUCUUGAUGACGCUUUAAAAGGGACCGAGCCACACCAUGACCAAUCCUUGAAGACUCGUGCCGUAGAUCUUGUUAAAGUUUUUUUUCUUAGCAUUUAAUCGUGUGAGAGAAUGAAUCGAUGGCAUCCUUUCUCUUGAACAUUUAUUUAAUCAAUAAAUAAAUAAAUUGUUAAUCAGACCACUGGAGCAAUUUACUGACCCCUGUUUCUGUUAUGCCGUGCCAGAUGCCACUGAAGAAGCUGUACAUGCUGGUGGAGAUGGCUGCUCAAGGGGAGAAAGGGGGGAGCUCGGAGGACAUCUACUCGGGUCUGGCGAAGAUCAACCUCAACCAUUUCUUCGAUUGCCUGAGUGACGUCGCCCCUCUAUACCACUGA